AUGGAUCUUUACCCACGACAAGGAGCCACCAUGGCCAGCGAUCCUUCGACUUCGGCAAAAUGGCCGGUAUCAGAUAUUGUUUUCGUUUCGAUUAUGGGCUUCGUCCUGAGCGCAGCCGCCCUGGAAUGGUUCCUCUGGCUCGCUGCCUUCCUCUAUUGCCUGGUCAAAGUCUUCAAGAAAGCUGAGCACUGGACUAUUCGACUUCUUGCCGUUAUCAUGAUGAUCAGCUUCACAGCCCUGAGAUGCAUCUUUUUGCCAGUCAUGGUUGUCACGCUACCACUGCCUCCACAAAUCACAGCCAAAUUUCCUCCUGAGCUCGUCAAAUUCCUGCAAUGGUUCGCCUUCUACUCCUUCUCAGGCCUUCUGAUCAUCCCAUGGCUCUUCUGUGUCUACCAAUUAGUCGUCAACAGCCUUGGCCGCACGAAAAGGAUCAAGACGGCAUUGGAUGAGGACUCGGCGCCGAAGACUGUUAUCGUCAUGCCAUGCUACAAAGAAGAGCCGGAUGUCCUCUUGAAAGCCAUAGAUUCAGUGGUGGAUUGCGAUUACCCGCCAUCCUGCCUCCACGUCUUCCUAUCCUUCGACGGCGACCAAGAAGACGAGCUAUAUCUGAAGACGAUUGAGAAGCUUGGGGUGCCUUUGACGCUGGAAAGCUAUCCAAAAAGUAUUGAUAUCACGUAUCGAAUGGCGAGAGUCACGGUCUCGAGAUUCCCGCAUGGCGGAAAGCGGCAGUGUCAGAAGUCGACGUUCAAGCUCAUUGACAAGAUCUACACGGAAUAUCUGAAGCGCAAUGACAACCUUUUCAUUCUCUUCAUCGACUCGGACUGCAUCCUCGACAAGGUCUGCAUCCAGAAUUUCAUGUACGAAAUGGAGCUCAAGCCUGGGAGCAAGCAGAACAUGCUGGCUAUGACUGGAAUCAUCACUUCGACGACCGUGAAGAACACUUUAAUCACGCUCUUGCAAGACAUGGAAUACCUACACGGGCAACUCUUCGAGCGCUCAGUCGAAUCCGGCUGCGGUUCCGUUACCUGUCUGCCCGGUGCACUUACCAUGCUUCGAUUCUCGGCAUUCCGGAAGAUGGCCAAGUACUAUUUCGCUGACAAGGCGGAACAGUGCGACGAUCUCUUCGACUACGGCAAAUGUCAUUUGGGAGAAGACCGAUGGUUGACCCACCUGUUCAUGAUUGGUGCAAAGGAGAGAUACCAAAUCCAGCUCUGUACAGGAGCCUUCUGCAAGACUGAAGCUGUUCAGACAUACAAGAGUCUUCUGAAACAGCGCCGACGAUGGUUUCUGGGUUUCAUCACUAACGAAGUAUGCAUGCUGACCGACAUCCGGCUGUGGAGGAGGUAUCCACUUCUCUGCAUUGUCCGCUUCAUGAACUGCACGAUCAGGACGACGGCCUUGCUGUUUUUCAUAAUGGUUCUCUCCGUUAUAACCACAUCAAACAAGGUCUCGAAUCUCCCAAUCGGCUUCUUGGCUGUAUCGCUUGGCUUGAACUGGCUUCUGAUGAUCUAUUUCGGCGUCAGACUUCGGCGCUUCAAAACUUGGCUGUAUCCAGUCAUGUUCGUCAUUAAUCCCUUUUUCAAUUGGGUAUACAUGGUAUAUGGGAUUUUCACUGCUGGGCAGCGGACUUGGGGUGGGCCAAGAGCUGAUGCGGGCGCGGCUGACGCGCAUACAACGCCUCAACAAGCCAUUGAGCAUGCGAAAGCGACUGGCGACGAUCUCAAUGUCGUGCCGGAGACUUUCAAGCCUGCCGUCGAAGCUCAGCACCCUGGGAAAACUGUAGCUACCGUCCCUCUACAGCCUACAGACCACGUCGAAGGCCGUUUUGCCCCUGCCGAGCAUCUUCCUGGUGGUUGGUACCUGCAAAACAAUGACUCUGGACUCACCCUACCGAGUAUGCUCCCAAGAGAUCCGAACGUACCUCGCAUCCCAUUACAUCCUCGAGAUUCAUUCGACUCCUUCGUCACCAGCGCAUCACCCACCAACUCCGUCUAUAUGCCCCGCCGAGUCGAGAGCAUCAUGGGUGACGAAGACCGAAGGAAGUAUUACUUCGCUCAGCAGGCACAGCAGGCACCCACUGGCGCUUACUUGAGCAUGGAGGCACAGGAUCAUGGCCAUGUUUAUGAAAUGGGAGACGACCCUGACACCAAGCAUGCCUGGACCGAAUCAGCUGAGUCUGUCGACUCUGAAGAGUAUCAGAACCAAGAUAUUCCGCACUACUCUCGUGAUGUUCAUGGCCGACAUUCGCCUGUUUUCGCGCCUAGACACCCGGUCGGCGUUCCGCUUGACUUUGAAGGACCGGGCCAUGGCGAUUUGGGAGUGCCAGACUUCUCUCUGAGCCAUGGGCAGCGCUCGAGCACCAAUAACGGAAGACUUGCUCCCAAUCAUCCAGAGCGACCACCUGCCAUUGCUGGACGACCGAUUAGAAAAGAUCGUAGUCCACUGGGUCGAGCGCCAAUGGUCCGAAUGCCUACACGGGAGGAUGUGAAUGACAUCGAAAUGGAACAGCAGGCGAGACCUCAGGAUUCUUUCCUGGAGCAGCCAGGCAGACAGCAGAAUCCCUUUAUGGGUCGCUCGGCGCGAACGCACGAGCCUCCGCCAGCGAGCUAUCGGCCACCGAGGCAGGAGGAUCCGUUGAUGGGGGAGACACCCGGUCGUCCAUCAAGUACUAGGAGCGAGAGGUCCGAGACAGCCAGUACAAAAAGCAAUCGGAAGAGGUUGCAGAAGGCGCGGCCGAAGAAGUGA